GUCUGUGUGUGUGUCUCUGUGUGUCUGUGUGUGUGCACGCGCGUCUCUGUGUGUCUGUGUCUUCUUGUUCACUGUUUUUGUGUGCUUGUCCCUUCAGGACCACGGCUGGACAUGGACCCCGACAUCGUGGCCGCACUCGACGAAGACUUCGACUACGACGACCCCGACAACCUCCUGGACGACGACUUCAUCGCCAAGGCAACCACUGCGAGCGGCGCCGCCGACAUCGAAGAUGAUGAUGGUGAUGAUGAUGAUGAUGAAGAGUGGGAGGACACCGACUCCGAUGGCGACUUUGACUCCGAAGGCGGGUUUUCGGGUGACGAGGACGCGGAAGGCCGCGGCCCAGAGUCUCUCUUCAUGGACGAGGAGACGAAGAGUCGGUUCACGGAGUACUCGAUGACGUCGUCCGUGAUGCGGAGGAACGAGCAGCUCACCCUGCUCGACGACCGCUUCGAAAAGUUUUUUGAGCAGUUUGAUGACGAUGAGAUCGGCGCCCUGGACAACGCGGAGCUGGAGGGCUUCAUCCAGCCGGACAGCGCUCGCCUGGAAGAAGUCAUCAAGGACUACUUCAUACAGAAAGAGAGAGAAUACCUGAGGCCGGAUGACUUGGGUCCAAAAGAACUUCCUGUCCUGAAGGAGGAAGAUGAAGAUGAUGAGGAGGAGGAGGAAGAAGAGAUGGAAACUGUUGUUAUCAGAGCUCCAGAAGAGAAGUGGGACUGUGAAACCAUCAUCAGUACAUAUUCCAACAUAUAUAACGGACCCAAGAUCAUUCAGGAACCACCGUCGAUGAAGCCGAUCCGUGUGUCCAGUAAGACGGGCAUCCCUCUGGACGUCCUUCCUGCCAAAGGCCCGACCGCCAAGCAGGCGGAGCGCAUGACCCGGAUCAACGACUCGGACCUGCCCCGGGUCUCCACCCAGCUCCGCGACAAGGAGGAGAGCAAAGAGGAGAGGAGGGCCAGGAAACAGGCCAUCAAGGAGGAACGCAAGGAGCGGCGAGUGGAGAAGAAGGCCAACAAGAUGGCGUUCAAGGAAGAAAAGGUCCGACAGGAGAAGCAGAUGUUGAACCUGAGAACGAACGUUCAAGGCCUGAAGCUUUAGCUGCAAACUGCCCGCACAGACUGUUUACCCGUGGGGGGGCGGACACGCAUCCGCUC